AUGAGUAUGGCGUGUUCCGAGCGAGCAAAGGCAUUGCUUGACAAGGAACCUGGGCCAGCCUCUCUGGCCUCGAUCCAGGCGCGAAUCGGUCUCUGUCUGUAUUUUCUCAGCACUUUCCGCCUCAACGAGUGUCGCUACACCUACAGUUUCGCCUUCACUAUAGCUACAGCUUUGGGUAUUCACAGACGACUAUCGUCCUCGACUAAGAUCAAUGUUCUAGAAACAGAAUGUCGCAAGCGCUCCUUCUGGUGCCUUUACAUACUCGAUGGCUACCUCAGUGUAAUGCUCGGCAGGCCUCGACUAAUUCGAGACGACGAUGUUGAUCAACCAUUUCCCGAGAACGUCGCAGACAUAGACUUGAUGUCCUCAGAACCCAUACACACGCUGCCAAGGCAUGGCAAUCUCGAAGCUUUCGUUGCACACGCUCGUCUAGCUAAGCUUAUGGCCAGAGCCAAUGACCAACUCUACCCUUUGUACGCUCUGAGUAGUGAUCAGUUACUACAAAGGAGUAACGACAUGCUCGAUGCUCUAUCCGAUUGGGAAACAACACUUCCAGAAUUUCUCAAGCCACGAGCAAGAACGAUGACGGGUCAGCGGACCUUCGAAAGACAGAAUACAAUCCUGAAGCUGGGCGUUACUCAUGCCCGUAUCCUUGCAACAAGACGUUGCUUGCUGAUGGACUUUGGACAUCCCAACGCCAAUCCUUUCUCACAAAGUUCGGAUGCAAGAGCUAAGCGCUCGAUUCGAGAAUGUAUAUCAGCUAUAAUCAUGAUUCUGGACACAACCACCUGCCUCAUCGAGCAUGGACAAUGUUACGGGAGUUUUUGGUCGACGCAGUAUGUUGCCCUGGUAGCCAUUUCGACUUUGUACGUGUUGCUUAUUCAAGGAAUGCGACAUGCGCUUCCAGGCGAUAUGGAGUCUUUCCUGAAUGUCGACGACUGCUUCGAGAAGGCCAAAUAUUGCCAAAACCAUUUGGCUUCAUUGCCACCACCUCGUACCCAAGCCGAGCGACAUCAUGUCUUGUUGGCCCACCUGCGUUCGAAGGUAGAGAAAAGCCUCUCGAGUCGAAGAAAGCCAUUGGGUUCGUACGAAAACUCUCAAAUGCCAUCUCUUGGCACGACUCACCUGCAAGACCAGUCCCAGAAUACCAUGAGCAUAGCAAAUCUGAAUAAUAAUAGUAACUUCAGCCCACCGCAGUCUGAUGGUUUACAAAACAUGCAAGCAGAUGCAGCAGCAUUUACACGACCGUUCGAACCUAACUCUAUUGGUGGUCCGGAUACAAUGAAUGACAUGUCAAUGUUCUCUACGAUGUUGACACCCAACUCGAACUCGGACACUAACUUUCAGUAUAUGCUUGACUUUGGAUGGGAGUCACUUGACACUAUUGGUGCGAACAUGCGUGGGCAUGAAAUGUACUCUUUCGGUUUGAGCUGA